CUAAAUGUGUAAUUGUUGUGUUUGACCAUUUUUUUGUUGUCCACAAUUACUAAUUGUUUUGUUAAUUCACUGUAUGUGAAGCCAAGUUCUGCCAUGUUCAGUUGUUCACAAAAUAAAUAAAUGGCUUUUAACAAAAAAUAUAUGAUUUUAUUAUAAAAGGGGAAAUUGAAAUAAAACAGAGAAAAGAACAUUUUUCACAAAUUAGAAACAAAGAACCUCAAAUAGAAAGAUUGCCGGCCUUGAAGACUAAUCCAGAAUGGCUUCACAGCAGAAAAGGUUUUUGUAAACAAAAGUCAUCUGGACUUAGUUUUUUUAUUUGAAGGAAAAUACAGGAAGUGACAUAAUAAAACAAAACUUUCAGAAUAAUACGUUAGAAAAAAUGGAUUAGUUGCUGGAGAUGACAAGCAAAACCUGAACAGAAGAUGGGAGCAAUCACAACAAGCUGGAAAUUUGGUUGUUCAGCCAGGUUGCUGGUUUGAAUCCGGAGGCCUCACUUUCGCCUCGAUGCCGUUCCUCUGAAUCUAAGUCGUAGCAACAAUUUUGCAAAUAGUAAUUAUAGGAGCCUGUCGGAAGAUGGAGCAUCUGGUAAUAUCAAAACUUACUGAAAGCAUGGAGGAUGUGGUAUCUGCAGCACUUGUGGCCCUUUGAUUGAAGCAGGUAUUUGCUCAAGAAGGGGGUAUAUCGUAUGAUUGAAGAAGGGCAAAAUAAGUUGUAAAAUGAUGCCUUUAAAUCUAAACCAUGUAUUAAAACUCCAAUCAUUUUUAGAGGUAUUAUUUGUUCUUAAAAUGAUUCCACCAUGUCAGUUGCUAACUUCUUAAACUUCAUUUUUAAGAUUUUUUAUGAUAUUUUAUUCUUGUAUUAUACUGUCGGUGAAUAUAAAAGUAAUGACUCUGCAGAGUUAACAGUCUGUUCUGGUGGUAAAGAUGUGCAUUUGUAUUUCUCACCCGCAUGCUGGGGUCAGUGGAGCAUUGACAAGGGUGGGGGUUUGUACAGUCAGUCUUCCUGCUUCUUCAUUAAAGUGAGAAAAUGAGAAGCUGUCAUGCAAAUAAAUACAAGUGCAGUGCAUGAUGUCACCCGCCACCUGCCCUCAUCGACCAUUUUGUGAGCCCGCCGUUGGAGUCCGCCGCCGCGUCUGGUCUUCUCCGAGAAGAGCUGACAGAAGAAGACAGACUUCCUCCACAGAAGAAAGUCCCUGGAGGGUGUCAAGGAAGCUUGUUUUCUAUUCUGAGAAUGCUAAUGUUAAUUCCAAAAUAACUUGAAGACUUACUCAACGAUCAAAAAGAGGAAGUGGUGAUUGGUCGACUUUCCGAUUAACGCCUGUGGAUACUGAAAAGCAGCAGCAGCAGCUCGGAGCUCUCAUGAAGACUUUGCGGCAGAACAUCUGGUUGUUGGUGGUGGUUGGGAUGAUUUUUGUGUCGGUGGUUAUCAGCCUCAUCUUCAUCAUCAUCAACAUAUGUAUAUCCAGACGGGGCAAACAGACAUUUGUACCACUUCAAAGAAGAUCUGACAGCAAAUUGAAGAGCAACAAAUAUCAGGAGAUAAACGUUUUCCAAGGCACACCUCCUCUGCCGCCGCGGACGCAGUUUCUCCUUGCAGAAGCUCAAAGCUACGAGAAUCUUGCAAAAGGAACUGAAGAUGAGGAAAGCUUGGGUAACUAUGAAGAGAGCGUGGACCCGCCGCCCGACUUUGGGAACAGGAAUGAUGGCACUGAGCUCUACUGUGAACCAGAUCCAAAAACCGAAUCUGGUCCUGCAGCAGACCAAAGCUACGAGAACCUGAGUGAGGAGCACGAUUACGAGGAGAGCACUGACCAGUUUGACUAUGUGAAGGUUGACGAUGAGCCAGAGACUUCUCCUCUUCCAUCCCAGAAUACUUCAGAUCUGAAAGUGCAGUCUCAGUCAGGUUGUCCAACUCAAAGCUACGAGAACCUUAGUGAGGAGCACGAUUACGAGGAGAGCAAUGACAAGUUUGACUAUGUGAAGGUUGACGAUGAGCCAGAGACUCCUCCUCCUCCAUCCCAGAAUCCUUCAGACCUCAAACUGCAGUCCCAGGGUUCUCCAAGUCACAACUAUGAUGACUUAAACGAGGAACCGGACUACGAAGAGAUUGACGACCAGCUGGAUUACGUGAAGGUUGACGACGAGCCAGAGACUCCUCCUCCUCCAUCCCAGAAUACUUCAGACCUGAAAGUGCAGUCGCAGUCAGGUUGUCCAACUCAAAGCUACGAGAACCUAAGUGAGGAACCGGACUACGAACAGAGUACAGACGACCAGCUGGACUAUGUGAAAGUGGAAGACGAGGAGAACCCCUUUGCACACCCACCAGAUGCAGCAGCAGAGGACUCCAGCUCUGAGGACUACGACGACAUUGGAGAAACAUCAGACGGCAAAGAGGAGGAUGAGGAUGAGGAUGACUAUGACGACGUGGCAUAAGACCACAAGUUUGACUGUCUUUUUCAAAUCUGCGGAGCAGGGAUUGACUUUAUUAAAAAAAAAACAUAGAUUAGAAGAGAUCCUCUCUGGAGACACAAACAUUACAUCUUGUUAGAGGUUGAAAGCUUCUCCAGCAUCUUAAUUUCUUUGUUGCAUCACCAUGAAAUAAUUCAGUUUUUCCUUCAGAUCGUAAUAUUUUCAAACUACUUUAAACGAAAUUCAGCAACAACAAUGACUUUAAAUGUCAGAAAUCCAGUAUUUCAACCUUAAGAUUGAAGAACCAAGAAAGAGUAGACUACAUGUUUAUCAUAGAGGGUCUAUUCAUUUAUUCUCAGAUUGUGUUGUUUUCUCUAAAAACAUCACCUUGAACCUUCAUUUAAUCGUUUAGGUAGUAAAGUAUUUAAGUAUUAAAAUUGUACAGAUUCACUUCAUUCACUUAUUUUUACAGUCUCUAUUAAUUCAGAAAUUAUUUACUUAUGAACAUCAUGGAAUAUUCUGGAAGUUCUGUAAAUAAAAUGAUUUAAAGUCGUGA